AUGAUAUCUCUCAGCGGGCGCGGAAGGAAGGAUAGGAAGACUCAGUGUCCGCUAACGUUUGUGAUCGUUGGUGGGAGCAUCGCGGGCCUGGCCUGCGCCUUUGCGUUGGGCAGAGCUGGGCACCGGGUUAUCGUCCUCGAGAAAGGCGACGCAGAAAGCCAUUCGUCUUGUACGAGGGCCAUCCGGUCCCCGCCUAACAUGUCGAGGAUCCUGCAGGGAUGGGGGCUACACGAAAAGCUGCGACAGGUCAUGGUCCGAGCGGACUGCACUGUUCUUCGAAUAGGUCAAACGGGCGAGAAGAUUGGUCUUUUCCGAUUCCACGAGCAGAUCAUGCAGGCUUUGGGCGCUGAAGUGCUUUUCUUUCCCUACGGUCAGUUAUGGCAGGAAUUAUACAAAGCUGCAGUCGACGUGGGGGCUUCGAUCCGGUUUAACUCGACCGUGACUGGAGUCACUAGUAGCCGGGCUUCCAAACCAUGCGUGGUCCUAUCCGAUGGGACUGAGGUCUCGGGAGACCUCGUUAUCGGUGCGGAUGGAAACAGCGGGAUGUCUCGCCGCUGCGUUUUAGGCGGGACCGACGAGUCGGGGAUUGUCGACAGACGAUCUAUAUUCAGCCUCGAAGUGCCGAUGAAGGAGCUAGAGGAUCGAAAGGAGUUGAGAGCAUUGACUGAAGCGUCCAAUUGGGACAUCUGGCUGGGAGAUGGCGGGUGCAUUCAUGGCCAUCCAUCUGUGGGCACCUACUUGUAUAGCCAUGGAUAUCAGAUGAACUUUAUGCUGCCUGACGCAAGUCAGGAUGUGUCUGGUGAGGACUGGGAAUGUCAAUAUCCUGUCCAAGGUAUCGUGCGUCACUUGGAAGGGUAUACGCCUUCUCUGCGCGAUCUAGUUUCUUGCGCGACUGGGGCUGUGUCAGUAAGAUAUAUAAGGCGCGACAGAUUAUCCAGCUUCUCAGACGACAAUGAUACACUAAUACUUGUGGGAGACGCUGCUCACAAUCUACCGCCUAAUUCCACCCAGAACGUGGCACUGGCGCUGGAAGACGCGACGACACUAGGGAAUUUGCUCUGGCGUCUGCGAUCGCAGACACAGCUGAGCAUGUUUCUCGGAAUAUUCGACGAGCUGCGGUUACCGCGGUCGGCAGAGGUAUUCAGGUCCGAGCACGAGAAGCAUGAAUUCCUAUCUCUUCCAUAUGGCCCGCUACAGAAGAUGCGGGACGAGGGAUUGAGGAUAGCUAUGCAGAAAGAGUUGCUGGACUGGGAUGAAGCAGACGAAGAGUAUCUGAGGAGUAAUUGGGAAGAGUAUAUCAGAAUGUUCGACUACGAUGCGAGUGAAGCGGUUGAUGAUUGGUGGUCGAAGUGGGGUUCUCUGAUGGACGCGCACAGCAGCAAUGGCGACUGA